AUGAAGUCUGCUCUGAAAGUCUUAGGCGCUUUUACCUUUUUGCAUAUCUGCUUCUCUAGUCCCGUGCGUCGUCCAACCAACUGGCUCAGACAAUGCCGGGCCUCCACCAACAUCUCCAUCACAGCCUUGGAAGUCCUGCCAGGAGGAGGCUGGGACAACCUUCGUAACCUGGACAUGGGUCGAGUGAUGAACCUAAGCUACUUUCAAUGCCAAACAACUGAGGAUGGGCUCUACUUCAUCCCAGAUGAGGUGUUUGUCAUCCCACAGAAGGAGACUGGCUUGGAGACCAACUCUGAGAUAAUCAGCUCCUGGCAGGAGCAGAAAAGCACCACAUCUCACUCCAUAAACUCAGACGUAUCAUUCUACUCCAUCCUUAAUGGCAAAUUUUCUCUAGAGAGCACAAGAAUGAAAUCCCAUCAAGUCAAAGAUUCAUCAACAACAGCCAGAGUGCAGGUCCGCAACUUCAUCUACACAGUGAAAGCCUACCCAGACUUCACACUGGAUUCACGCUUUUCACAGCAAGUAAAACAAAUAGCAGAUGCAAUUGAAAACAAUCAGACAAGGAAUGCAGACUAUCUCUCUGAGAAGAUGGUGCUGGACUAUGGAACCCAUGUUAUCACCAGUGUAGAUGCUGGGGCUUCUCUGGUGCAAGAAGACUACCUCCGUUCCUCUUAUGUCUCAGAUAGUGCCUCAGAUAGUUCCACUGUUAAAGCUCAGGCUGGUUUAAAUUUUUUUGACAAAAUCAAAUUUGACAUUAGUAGUCAAUCAGGUAAAGAAAGAUCAACACUUGCAGCAUAUCAGUCAAACAUUCAAUACUCCCUUAUUAAAAGCCAUGGAGGCAUACCUUUUUAUCCUGGGAUCACUUUGCAGAAGUGGCAGGAAAGUACCAGGAAUAACCUGGUUCCUAUUGACCGUUUAGGAUUUCCCCUCCACAGCAUUAUGAACUCAAACACUUUUCCUGAUCUGUCAGAACCUACAGUGGGCAAAGUGGCCCAUACAGUGAGCAAGGCAAUAGAGCGCUACUACAAGAUCAACACCCGUCCAGGCUGCGUUGACAUCACCUCCAAGAACUUCAACUUUCAGGCCAAUGUGGAUGAUGAUUCUUGUGAGGGCCCUGCCACCAACCUCAGCUUUGGAGGGGUCUACCAAGAAUGUACACCACUCAGCCAAGAUGCAGGUCCACUUUGCGAAUCACUUGCCCAGAAAAACAUUGCAACUGGUGACUUCUCCUGUAGCUCACCGUUCUCCGCUACUUUAUUACGAUCAGAAGUGAGACAGCAGGGUUACACACAGAAUUACUGCUAUGAUGUCAGCUAUCCCUGUGGCUUUCUGGGAUUGUUCAUUUGUAAUAGCAGAAACUGUGAAAAUGUGUAUCAUGUUCGCUCUGCACAUGUGCAUACCUACUGGUGCUCUGUGAAUGGACAAGCUUCUAAAAACUCAGGGUUUCUAUUUGGAGGAUUCUACAGCACUUCCUUUCAGAACCCCAUAACCAAAUCCAAAAGCUGCGCCCCAAACUUUACUCCAGUAAAAUUUCUAUCUGAUGGCCAAACAAUCUGUGUGAGCAGUGAUUAUGAAACUGGUACCAGGUACUCUGUACCAUUCGGCGGCCUUUUCAGUUGUGAGUCUGGUAACCCACUUGCCAAAAACCUGCACAGAUGCCCUCCAAAAUUUAGCCAACACCUCGUAACAGUAAGUGAUGGAUGUGAAAUUCUUUACUGUGUCCAGUCUGGACUGUUCACAGGGGGUGAGCUGCUACCAAUCCAUCUCCCUCCCUUUACUAAAUCUCCUCUUGUCAGCAUGCAAGCCACCAACACUGUGAUGGUGAUGACUGAAGGAGAGAAGAGCUGGGUCAGGGUAGGACCCACUAAAGCGUGGAAACUUGUUGGACCACAGGAAAUCCCAGAACUUAUGAGAAAGUUCAAUCCUAGACUGAAUCAGAUGUCGAGUGGGCAAAAGGCAGGAGUUGCAUUUGGAGUGAUGGGUUUGAUAGGACUGGUUGUCAUAGUGGCUGUGAUUGUUGUUAGGAGGAGGAGGAGGUACUCUGGAUUUAGGUCAGGAGGUUAUCAGGAAAUAGUUGAAGUAGCAGAGAGGGAGACGCCCACUGAGGAGACUUAGAACAAAAUUGGAUUGUUUUUGUUAAUUUCUUCCAUUUUGAUCUCAGAUGCUUUAUGAUUCUUAAAGCAAAUUUUCACAAAUUUCAAUAAUUAUUUUCUUGAUUUCCGCACCUUUCAGUUAUUUUUUUGUUCUGUAAAAAAUGGAUACUCUUUUUCCCUAAUUAGUUUACUCUUACAUUAAAACCCCUGGAAUAUUUGAUACCAAUCCGAAAAAAUUAAUUUAAAGUAAGUAUUUGUGCAGAUUAUAUUUUGAUUACACCUGAAAAACCUGCAAUAUUGAGGGAAAUGCACAACUGUUUAUUACCACAAUAGAAGAAGACCUAAAGAGACGGUUGGCUCUUUCAUUGUCAUUGUGAGGAAAAGCUGAAAGGAAAAAGUUUUCUACGUUUCUAUGGAAGGAUCCCAUUAAGUACCCCAUUAAUAGUUUUGUAUAGCACAUCUGUGCCUGCAGACCUUCUGACGACCACCAUUCAUUCAUGUGCAGUCUGAAAGAUGCUGUAACAACUGUAACAUUCUUACCUACCGUACCUAUAUUUACCACACCUAAGAUUGUGGUGUCUUUUGAUUUUAUAUUGAUUUUUUAAUUAUCUAAGCUUAUGGUUUAACUUUUUCUCAUGUUCUAUAUAUUAUAUAAGUAGGAAAUUGUAUAAGCAGACUUCUUUUGUAAAACAGCAUAUUACAUCUGUGCAUGCAAAACUUUGCAUUAUAUAAUAAAACUAUGAAAGGAUCUGUAUAAAGCAGGUUUCGGCCCCAUGGAAAUGUUACUUUCUGAAGUGCACACUUCAUUUUUAAACUUCAUGAAGGACCUAUUCAGCUCCAAUGUGGCUUAGAAGCACAUAAAAAAUAUAAUUUAGUGUAUAUUGUUUACCCAUUUUUCAAGUUCGUAUUCUAUGAAACUGUGUUUAUUUUAACUUUACAUGUAAAACAUUUUAUAAAAGUGCAUCAAAGCAAUACAUCACUUCCAUCUGAGUCACUUUUUUCCAAAAAACAAAAAACAACAACAAAAAUACUACUAUUAAGCUACUAUUGUAUGUUAAUUGCUAUUAAAAUGGAGAUGACUAACCUUUGAAAUGUAAUAUCUGGCUUCAUAAAAAUAAUAACAAUGACAGCAGUAAAUUUAAGUUUUUUGUGAGUUGUACAUAUGAAUGUUAUGACUUUGAUCAAAUAAAAUCUUGGAAUCUUCUCAACAACAGUGAGACAUCAAUGCAGAAGCUGUUUUAAGUUUGUUUUCUUUG